AUGACCACGGUUGUGACUACGACGAUUAUGAUCAUGAUCAUGACUACCACGAUUAUAGUAGCGAUCACGAUGAUUACGAUUGACCAUGAUCGUGGUUUCGACGAUUAUGAUUGCGAUUAUGACUAUGAUUACGGUGCUGAUAAUGACUACGACGACGGUCAUGACCACGAUUACGACUACGAUCACAAUUAUGAUCACGGCUGUGCUUACGAUCAUAAUGAUCACCAUGAUCACGACUACCGCUGUUAUUAA